UAAUAAUAAUAAAAAAAAAUAGAAUUUGUAUCAUGUUUCUUCCAAAUCUGAAGUCCUUGGCGGCAAAAGGGAAAAUUCAGACUACCAGAUUCAACACUUUUGCUGGCUGCUACUGUUACUAUCUCUCUCUCACUCUCUCAACACACGCAAUUUGUGAAUGUGUUCGCCUCGUUCACUUAUCAAUUUGUAUAAGGAUUCGAGUCACUUAAAUCCUCAGUCGUUUAGGUCUCUUUAUAGGGCAAUUUCAAUUUAUUUCGUCUUUCUAGAUCUGCCUUCCUCAUUAAUUCGCUGACAGAUACAGAUUCGCGUUAUAAUCAUCUUCUGAAGGUGGAUUUCGCGUGCACAUUAGCACAGAUUUCAUGGCUAAUUAUUAUGACAUCGAUGAUAUAUUAGCUGAGGAAGAGCUUGUCCCAACCGUGUUCCAACAUGCUGCCAAUGGGGUUGGGCUCUUUGAUUCAAGCGACGAUGCAGAUAAGGUGGAAGCUGGUUCGAGAGCCGAGCUGCCAUUCUGGCUGGUUCGUGAAUUGUAUUUGAGACAGCUUAUAUCUAUAAGGGUUCCUCCGUGUUUUGAUAGAGAAUCUAAAACAAGAGAAGAAAUAGCAGCUGAUGCUGCCCAUGUGGAUUUAAGAAGCCGGUCUCCAUACUUUUAUGAGUUGGGGUGUAAGAUCGCGCUGCUAAUCAGUGACAGAACCAUUGGCCCAUUUCUUCUUGUGGCAUUCCGGACCAGAUACAGGGACGUGUUAGUUAAGGCUCAUACUCUGACACUGACAAUGACCCCGAAAUACUUGACACUUCUAACUAAUGAAGAAACCAAAUUGUAUGAAGCCGGUCAAUCCUCAAUAGCUGCAUUCAAGAAGUGGCGGAUGGGUGGACCUAGAUUUCAAGUAGCUCCUGUACUUGGGAGGAAGAGGAAGCCGACUUAGAUGCUGGUUGUAGAUGGAAUUCACCCUCUUUCUCAUGCAUCCACGGUCUCCAUCAAAACCAGCCAUGCGGGGUUUUCAGUGUGCAUCGAGAGCCUACUGUCAUCGCCCUUACAAAUGGUACCAUGUUAUGUCUGCAGAGAAUUGUUGUAAAGGCAACCAAGAAGCCAGAUAAUGCUGAGUGGAUCAGUUGACUCAGAUAUGCUCUGUCUGCUUACUAAAUUUCUUACUUCUGUCAAUUGAUUGUGAUGAUUUUUUCUUUUCUUUUUUCCCCUCGAGCAAACAUCAAUUUGCAGCAACUUAUAGAACAAUUCAGAUUCUGCUUUGAAUUCUAAGAUUGCACCUUGCACGAAUAUGUGAAAUUACUGCAGUUUCGCUAUAUAUUCUUUUCUAUGUGAGCUAUA